GUUCCUCUGCCUUGACUUGCGGCCAAUCGUAGAAGAAGAGGAAACAAAAACCAGAAAAAGGAUUUCAAGUAUCGGCGGCGGAGUUUUCUCGCCGGAAAAUGGGGAAAGCUAGAGGAGUUAACAGUGGCGGCGGAGAGAGCUCUCUUGGUUAUCUUUUUGGAUCUGGCGAGUCUGUUCCCAAACCCAACAAUCCCACCGCGACCACCACCACCACCACCGGAGAUAAAAACAAGACGGAGGAGGAGGAGAAGAAACAGAUGUCAGCUGGUGUAAGAGGAAGUCCUAAUAACUACUUCAGAACAGAGGGACAAAACUGUGGCAACUUCCUCACGGACCGACCAUCUACGAAGGUUCAUGCUGCACCAGGUGGAGGAUCUUCUCUGGGUUACUUGUUUGGAUCUGGUCCUUCUGGAUCUGGCAAAUGAUUUUGUAUCUUCCACGACGAUCGAUAUCUGCAUUUGAUCCGUUGAAAAAAAAAGUGUAAAAAUUGUAACUUUAUUUCCUAUCCUUGAAACUGGUGAUCGAUAUUUGUGUUCAUGAGGAAAGUUAUGGAUUUGGCCGU